AUGACCAAAUCUAUAUGUGAAAAUAUUGAUACUAAUUUGAGAGAAAGAAUGCAAAAAUAUGAUAUAAAAAAUGGGAAUUAUUAUAAAGUACCAAAGAAAAACCAUGAUUUUUAUAAUGUGAUCUUCUUAUUGUUGCUAUAUACUAUACAAGGUGUUCCAAUUGGGGUUUCAUCGGUGGUUCCCCUAGUAAUUCAAGAUAAAGUGAGCUACUCCCAAUUAAGUAUGUUAUCUUUAGUUAGUAUACCUUUUAGUCUAAAAUUGUUAUGGGCUCCCAUUGUAGAUUCGGUAUAUAAUAAAAAAAUUGGAAGGAGAAAAAGCUGGAUAAUUCCGUUACAACUAUUUUGUAGUUUAUCAAUGAUGUUGUACAGUAGUCAUGUGAGCAUUUGGUUAGGGGAAAAGGAUAGUAACAUAAACUUGUAUUUUCUAACCGCUUUUUUUUUCGUUCUCUUUUUUUUAAUGGCCACUCAAGAUAUUGCAGUGGAUGGAUGGGCAUUAACCAUGCUGUCAGAGGAAAACAAGGGGCUAGCAUCCACGUGUAAUAUUUUAGGACAAAACAUAGGAUAUUGCAUAUCGCAAUUGUCGUUUUUGACACUAAAUAACAAAAAUAUAUGCUUUUAUAUAUUUAAGAAAUAUGUGAGAUGUAUGCACUUAAUAUUUAAUCAAUCCGAUUAUUACAAAACUUUACACAAUAAUAUGGACAUAAUAUACCCAUCAUUUCAACCUUUUGUUGAUAUGAGUAUUUUUCUAAAAUUUUGGGGCACAUUCAUUUUAAUUUUAACCAUAUGUACUUUUUUUAAAAAAGAAAUAAAUGAUGAAAAUGAGAAAAGAAAAACAGAAGAAAUGAAAUAUUUAAAUAAUAAAAAUAAAGACGAAAACGAAUUUGCAAAUGCAAAAGACACUUAUAAAAAUUUAUACGAAUUGUUAUUUUUACCACCCAUGAAAAUAUUUAUAAUUUUAUUUUUAAUAAAUCGUUUACCAUUUGCAUCAGUUGAAGUUGGAACAAAUUUUAAAAUGUUAAAAAAAGGCAUAACAAAAGAAGAGUUUGCACUUUUUAAUCCAUUCUUUAUACCUAUAUCAAUUAUAUCAUCAGCAAUUAUAGGCAGAAUAAUACAAAAUAUAAAACCCUUAAAAGUUUAUUAUUUUGGAUAUAUAUUAAGAUACUUUUCAAAUAUCAUUUUAUCAUCUUUAUUACCACUCACUCAAUAUAUGUAUUCCAACAAAUCGGAGCUCUCCCAAAUUAACUUUUACUCCUAUUACAUAUACAUAUUUAUAGCUCAACUGUUUAACCAUUUUUGUGUAGAUUUGAUGACAGUUUCCUCGAUGAGUUUUCAGAAUAUAAUAUCCGAUCCCCAAAUUGGUGGAACGUACAUGACCUUUUUAAAUACCAUAAAUAAUAUUGGGUCUCAUUGGUCAACUAUAUUUUUAUGGCUGCUUGAUUACACGGACAAAACAUUUUGCUAUGGAGGGAAGUGUAUACUUAUUGACGGAUUUUACACACAAAUGAUAUUUUCCUUUUUAAUUGGCUUAUUAAUUAAUAAAUUUAUUCUGAGAUGCUUAACAAAACUUCAAGCUUUUCCUCUAGAAGAGUGGAGAACAAGCUUUUCCAGUAGAGAGAAAAAAAAAAAAAAUUAA